GACUUUAGUCAAAACAAAACAAAAAAAAAAACUAAAGAGCCACUAUCAGACACGGUGUCAAUACAUAUUAUUGAUAAAGUCGAAUGCACACACAUCAGGGAAUUUUAGAAAACAAGUUCUUUUUUCUUUCCUUUGCUCUGUGAGGUCAUUCCCAUUUCCAUGAACCACUAAUAGGUCUGUGCACAUCUGCAUACACACGCAGUGCAGCAUAUAAAAAGACUCCAGCAACAGAACUGUCAACCAUAGACACAACACACAGCUUCCCAUUCAGCAGGCACAGGACAGCUCUGCAGGUACCAUUUGCCUUAAUUCAGUUCAGCGAUGGAAAACCAGUCGUGCUGUGCAUUUCCAGAGCCAAUCUUAGACGUCACCCUGCCACCUGUGCUUAUAUUUGUGUUUGUAUUUGGUACCAUAGGCAAUAUAAUUGGCUUGUGGAUGUUCUUUUUUCUAAUGAAAACCUGGAAACCGAACAGCAUUUACCUGCUGAAUCUGGCAGUGGCAGACACAGUCGUCAUAUUUUGCCUUCCCUUCCGCGCAGAUUACUACAUGAGACUGAAGAACUGGAUCUAUGGAGAUGCCUCUUGCAGGAUACUGCUGUUCAUGCUGGCUGCAAACAGGGCUGCCAGCAUCUUCUUCCUUACUGCCGUUGCGGUCGACCGUUACCUAAAGAUUGUCCACCCUCACAACAGAAUCAACAAGAUGACUUUGUGGUACGCGGUAUGUGUUUCGUGUGGCCUGUGGGGGCUCAUCUUCGCAAUGACCGCUUACCUCCUCUUUGAACCUCACCUGUUUCUGCAGAACAACAGAACGCAAUGCGAGAGCUUCAACAUCUGCCCUGGCACUAACCCAUCAGCAAUGUGGCACAACACUUACUACGUGCUCCAGUUCCUCGUGCCUGUGUGCAUUAUUGCGUACUCUACAGCCCGCAUAGCCUGGCAGCUUAGAAGCAAGACAAUAGAUAAGACUGGCAAAAUCAAGAGAGCUGUACACUUUGUAAUGGCUGUUGCCAUCGUUUUCGUCAUUUGCUUCAUCCCCAGCAGUAUGUCCAGAGUAGCGGUCUUUAUCCUAAAGUCUCAGUAUUCAGAAUGCAGUUAUUUCAGGGAAGCCAACCUGGCUUUUUAUACCACAAUUUGCUUCACUUACUUCAACAGCUUGCUGAACCCAGUGGUGUAUUACUUCUCAAGCCCUGUAUUCAGUAAGGAGUUUAAAAAAGCUUUCAACAAACUCCGGGGUCGAACAUCUGCAGAGGAUGGUGAUCAGUCAACACAACCAGGGACCAACUCAACCUCAACUGAACAUACCAGGAGUUAGAUAGCAAGGAUCCCUUCAUAACGAUGAAAGCGUUUGUGUGUGAACUAGGGGUGUAGAGAAUGUAAUCCUUUUAAUAGAAUUAUUGUGAAGGUAUGUGUUGUAGCACAGUAAGGUAAAAUAAGCUAGUGGGUUAUUAUGUUUUCUAAUUAAAAACAAUAAAGUGUAUAUUUUAAUGUACUUGUUUAAUCUUAUUUCUGGGUGCUUGUGAUUUAUAAUAGUUUGUUAUUUUCUCAUUAAAGAUGUUUUCUUUCCUGAUAAAUGUGUAGUAAAAAAAAAUAAAUAACAAACAAAGACUCCAACAGAAAUGAUUAAACCAAUUGAAAUGUAAGUUUAUAGUGAAUGCAGUCUGUAGAAUGAUUGAAAUAAUAAUUUAAUAAAGAUAUAGAAAUGUAGCAAAUUGGAAAGCAUUGGAAACCGGCAUUGUACAUGUACUGUAACUCUUAUUAAAUUACUAAAGUACUUCAAAAUGGGUCUUUUCUUGCAAAGAGUGUAAAAAUAAUGGUCACAUAGACUUUGUUCAACAAAAAGCUUUCGUACAAAAGUGUAGUUAUUAAUUUAACAGUGCGUAUCUGAACUCUAAUUAUUGAAACAAAUACAAAAAGUAAU